AUGAUAUGGUUGGUUACAGAUAUGGAUUAUAAGAAAAACUCAACACAUGCUGUUAUAAAAUUUGACGAAAAAACAGUCGACGGUAAAGAUUGCAUUGAUUUCAUACCCUUGUCAUGGACAUAUGUUAAGAAUGGAUUAUUGCACUGUAAAUAUCCAGAUAAAAAAUAUUAUGCAACAAUUAAUAAGAUGAGCAAUACUUUGUCUGGCUAUAAAGAAUCUUGGAAAGGCUUUGGCAUCAGCAUAAUUUCAGAAGCUAGUAAGUAA